AGUGCCAUAGCGAAAUACAGGAACUGUGUCAAAUAUGUGUGGUCUUCAGUUAGAGAGGAAGAACCAACGGGUGCGAUACUAGUGAGUGGAGGUGCUUGAAAUCUAAGCGCCCAAACGCAUUUGGUAGAACAUGAAAUUCGCAAAAACUUACGAAACCGCGAAUUGAUUUUAUUUAUCGCACCUAAUAUUUUUGUUUUUAUAUACACAUGCGGGUAAAUGUGUACAAUUGGCAUGGCAUAAUUAGUCGGACACGUUAAAGCUCAUUAAACAACAAAAACAUACUCCAAGCGCCACAUCUCACCUAUCCACUUUGAACAGCAACAAUGUUGACACUCUAUUACGUGAGCGCAACAUUCCUGCAAUCCUGGCGUAUUCAGAAAGUUUGCAAUAAAAUUGCCGAGCAAUUGGCCCAGCAAACGACUAUUGCUUUCUAUACGCUCCAAGCGGGUAGUGACGACGGCUUUGAUCCUACAUUUGCCAGUUCAGAGCUGUGCGGCAAUCGCAAUGCAGCCAAGGUCACUGAUAUAUUGUGGUUGCAUGGCAACCAGCGUGGUUGUUGUUUGCGUCCCCUGCAAACAUUGCAUAUCACGCCAUGGAUAAGCUUUCCCGCUGCCCCAAGUUGGCUCCCAUUUGCUUAUGCCGCUGCCACGCCUCCAGUCACGCCAACGGGAAGCGAAGCACCAGCUCCUGGGUUUGUGGGGCAUCGUCAGUCCAAGGUAUCAUUGUCGGUCGAUGAGUCCCAACACUUAAAUUUGUUAUUGGAGGCGGAAGUGGAACCGCAACGCGGUGUCGAUUUGCCGGAAACGGCACUAGUACGGCUUGAAGAAUACGGUAAGCUUAUUGCAUGGAAAAUAGACUCCCACCUGGCGGUGCUCAUCGAGAGCGACGUUAAACAUUUCACCAAAUUGCUAAUAUCGACGUUCUUACGAAACAAUUUAUACAUAAAUGAUCAGCUGCCCUUAUUGAGGAUUGAGUCCGUGCAGCUAGAGGGCAAGCCACAGCCUUUUGAACUUUUGGCGAAUCAUCUGAAGCGCAGCACUCGCAAUGCAGCAAACAUAAGUGUGGAGGCUUGGCAGAAACAUUUGGAGGAUUUGAGAGCUCUCAGCGUUCUCGCACAUCAGGCAAGAGAGUUUGAAUCUCAAAAGAAUCGCACGGAGGGUAAAACAGGCAUCAUAAAGCCCGAUUUAAUUGCCCAUGAGCCACGACAAACGCAGCCACAGGUAUCCAGCAAAGCCGUGGCAGUUGUAGAACCUACUGCGAAGGUUAUUUCAACACCAAUGGUUACGAAGACGCCCCCGAAAAAACAAGCGAAUCCGACGGAAAUAAAGAAACCAUUGGCUGCAGAGGCCAGAACCAGCAAAUUAUCGGAGUCUGCUACUUCAUCUACGAAGGCUACAACCUCCUCGUCUCCAACCAAACCUAGUGAGCUGGAAAAAAUCGCAGCGGGCAAGGCAGUACAUAACAAACAAACUCCAGUGCAUGUGACUGUAACGGCACCGCCCAUAUCGAGCAGCAGCAGCCAAGUUGCUACAGCAACCGAGAGUACGCCUUCGAAGCCUUCAGUGACGUCCUCGGGCACACCAACACCCACAUCGUCUAAAAUAGGAACAACAACACCCAGCAAAACUUUCGUGGCCGUCAAGCCGAGUUCGCCACCACCGCCGGCCCCCGCACGCCCCAUUCUACGCCGCAAUAAGGAUAGUCUCCGUGAUAGUAAACCCCUUAACGUUUUAGUCUAUUCCGAUAGUGCCAGUGCACGUGAGUCGACGGUUGCCACACUUCGGGAGUUAUUGGAAAGCGAUGUAUAUACCAUAUACCCACUGACAACGCAACAGGUGGCACAAAAAUAUUGGCUGGAGCAGACUGCGCUGCUGGUGGUCUGUGGCGCUGUAGUACCGUCAAUUGGUGAGAUACUUGUGGACUACUUCUUACACGGUGGAAAAUUGUUGUCACUGUGCUCCGAUAUAUUGCACUUCAUUCUGCCCAAUUAUCGUACCGCUGAGGUGCGUGAACAUGAACUCGUACAGUUCUCCUAUGACAAGUGGCAAAAGGUAAAGAUGAUGCAUCAUAUCUUUUGCUAUCAGCCAUCGCCGGUCAAAAAACAUUUCUCCACGGAUAGUGAGGAGUCUACACAUGGCCAUUCCCGUAAACCAGCUCUAGUAUGUCCAAGGUCCAUGGAACUGAAAGAUCUGACUGGCCAACCUUAUAAAUUGGACGUUCAGGUGCUAGGCACUGAGGAAACUUGGAAUACGCCAAGUCUAUUGCUGGCCAAUAGUUUGCAAAGUGGCGGCAAGGCGGUUUUCUCGCAGGUGCAUUUGGAAACAAAUCCCAGCGAAUUUGAAACCGAUGAAAUUAAAUUUUCUAUAUUAAAACAAAACGAACGCACACGACUUGAAAUCUUUGCGGAUCUCUUGCGAAAAUAUCUCGAUGUGCAGGUGCGUGCCAAUGAGGGACAGGCCCCAUCAACAUCAUCCGGUGUGGUCUAUAAGCAUGCCUACUUUUUGGGACGCCAUGAGUCUAAGUUUGAGCUUCUGGAAAAAUUGCGUCCCCGCUGCAGCGGUAACGAUAAUAUAAUAGCCACACCGAAACUAACGAUGAAAUUCUGCGGUAAAGAUGAUGCCGCGCCUAUUGCCAAUAAUAAUGUGCUACCCAUACUCAUACAUUCCUGUCCAGACGAUUUCUCCACGGUGGAAUAUUUUGAUCAUCUGAAAACGGAGCAAAUUGGUCGUUUGGUUAUCUAUGCACCGAUUAUUAGCAGCUCCAUGCAUGUCAUUAGCGAUUUGGAGUUAAUGCACGGCAUUGCAGUCCUGCCAAUGCAACAGACCGCUGGGAUGGGCCGUAGCAAUAAUCAGUGGCUUAGUCCUUUGGGUUGUGCAAUGUUUUCCAUACAGUUACACAUCUCGAUGGAUUCGCCAUUGGGCUCGCGCUUGCCCUUAAUCCAGCAUAUUGUGGGAGUUGCGAUUGUGAACACACUACGUAGCCAUCAACUAUAUAAGGUACUCGAUAUAGCUUUGAAAUGGCCAAAUGAUGUGUAUGCGCAUGGAAGUAACAAAAUUGGUGGACUUGUGGUCAAUACGAAGAUAUUGGGGUCGGAGGCAAUUGUAAAUAUUGGCAGCGGCAUAAACCUAAAUAACUCCAAGCCCACAGUUUGCAUCAAUGAUAUGAUAACUGAACACAAUUCUCGUACGUCAGGAGGAAAGUUGCCACUACUGAAGCAUGAACAGUUUAUUGCCUUGAUUUUCAAUGAAAUCGAAAGACUUGUUGCCGAAGUACAAAAUGAGGAUUUUGAUAUGUUCUACGAGCUGUAUUACAAACUCUGGUUGCACAGCGAACAAACAGUUACUAUAUGCACACAAAACCAGCAAGAACAAGCUGCUAAAAUUAUUGGCAUCGACAACUACGGAUACUUAAAGGUACAACUAACUAAUGGUACCAUCGAAACUGUACAGCCGGAUGGCAACAGCUUUGAUAUGUUAAAGGGAUUAAUAGUACCUAAAUACAAUUAGCUAGACAACAUGGUAAUGGAAUUUUCAUAGCAUUGCGAACUUAUUCCUUAAUAAAUAUAUACCUUUACAUAUAUAA